UUCAGGUUCAACCAUUUGUUGCUCCAGUGUAGUCCCAGCAAGAUCUUUCCGAACUAAAACUCCGGUGAGGCUCGGGCUGUGGUUUCGUAGCCUGAAACGGCAGGAUAACAGAAAUCGGAAUAAGCCGGAAGGAGACGCCUGGUGGCUGGAUGCGAAAGAGAUAGUGGCACGGUAGUUCUCGAUUUAUUAGAUUUUAGUAGUUGUGCUUUAAAAACAGUGCUUUCCGGUGCGAAUUAUCAGAAGUGGUGAUUAUUUUAUAGUCCAUUAUUGGCUUGAUAAGUGGUUCGGUGUGUCAUUCGAUGGUUUAUUGCAAGGCGAUAUCGUAAAAGGUGGACCAGGAACCGGUGGGACGGCGAGGAUUGCAACAGUUUAUAACCGAUAAGCUUUGCGUUUUCCAUUCAACCUACUGAAUAAUGUAUAUUUCCACCAAACAUUCAAACAAAAUGCCGCAAUUUUCGAUAGUUUGUAUCAGCCUGGUCAUCGUGACGAUUCUUGUGCAGAAUGCCAGCGGAAAACGAGGCUGUGCCGCAUUCGGUCACGCUUGCUACGGAGGUCACGGUAAGCGUUCCUCAUCAUCAUCGUUACCAGGGGAGAGUUUUGUGUACCCGGGUGGAAACGAGCGACUACAGCCAGCAGAUCUACCUUCGCUACCAUAUCUGAAAAUUGCCCUCCUGGAUCGGAGCAAGAGUGUAAAUGCCGCACCCGAACUGAGACCACUAACCGCGGUGGCCGAUGUCGGUGGCGGUAGAAGUGGGGAAAUUUUCGCAGUUAGAGAUCCGUUGGUGACUCCGGUGGAACAGAAUAGAUACGAUAAUGGGGUUCGAUUUGCGAUGAAUGCUUUCCUGAGACAGUUGUUGGAAGGAAACCGUGCCGCAGCAUUUCAGCGGCAGGAAUCGGAAGCCGAGACGGGCUCUCAGCUAAUAAACAACGAACAACAGUGAGCGUCGUCCUCCUAAUUUGUGGCUAGAUGAGGGUGAUCAGGACGGUGUCCUCUAUGCUAAAAAACUACGAAAACCGGCUAACAUCGUCCUCGGAUAUUGAGCGAAAAUGAGGUUGUUUGCUGUUGGUGAAACGAAACGGAAAUUUGUUUUAAUUUGAGCAGCGAGUUUUUAAUCCAUCUCAGUGAGUUUGUUCCAUUUUCCGAUUCGUUUGUUCUGAAACUUUGGAGCUCUAACUGAAAUAGUGAAAUUAUAAGGGGAAUCUACAGACUCGUGGUGACGAAAGAGGAAGCGAAAUACACAGUUUGUUAUCAAUAGAAUGAUAUGGGCAAAAGCCAAACCGAGUCCUGCUACAAAACGUACGCAAAUACAGAGAAAAUGAAAGAAAAACUAUGUCAAUAUGCAAAAGUUGUUGUUUACUUUAAAUAUAAAUUGUACCACAAAAAAUGCACAAAAAAAAAUAAAACUAAUAACAAAUAGUUGAAUGAAACUUGUAAGGCUGGAACAGU